AUGGAGGAGGCAACGGGUGAGUUUACCGGCCAACAAGCUCUUCACUCGGUUCAUAGGCAUGCUAACGGCCCAGAACCAGCACCAUCGCUGGUCGACCUCCUCCAGUCGACGGCCCAAGAUCGGCACGAGCCGGUCCCAGAUUUCUCGUCGCCCGCCGCGUCAGGAUACCUGGACCAGCUGCUGUCCUUGCCAUUGAAGUCUCUUCUGGACGAGGCGACCGUCAUCUCCUCUGAGGCCGCCGGUGUCGAGACUGAGCUCACGAACCUCUGCUUCCGGGAGUACCCGACGUUCAUCUCCGUCCACAAGUGUUCCUCGGCUGUCACCUCGGCCUUCGACGACUUCUCCAGCUCUCUCGGAAAGCUUCUGGACGCCGUUCCUGCUCUGGAGGAUGAGUGCCGAACGUUUGUCAAGUCUACAAAGGGCGUGCAGGACGCUCGAAGCAAGGCUUUACUUGUGCAGGAGCACCAGGACAAGCUGUUCGACCUGCUCGAGAUUCCUCAGCUCAUGGACACCUGCGUGCGGAACGGAUACUACCAGGAGGCUCUGGAGCUGAGUGCUCACGCCACCUCGCUCAGCAAGCGAUACCCCGGCGUCGAGCUCGUGCAGGACGUCUCGAAGGAGGUGGACGCCGUGCUGCAGGUCAUGGUUGCACAGCUGCUCGCUCUGCUCCGCGAGCCGAUCAAACUCCCCUCGCUCAUCAAGACCGUCGGCUAUCUGCGACGGCUGGGAAGUGUGGAGGAGAUGGAGCUCGGCCUUGUCUUCCUGGUGUCGCGGCUAUCGAACUUCCGCGCGCACCAGCUGCUGCUCGAAGGUGACCGCGGCGACCCUGUCCGCUACGUGCGCAAGUACGUGGACCUGUUCCGCGAGCACGUCUUCGACAUCAUCUCGCAGUUCACGACGAUCUUCCUCGAGUCCUCAUGCCCCUCUCCUGCGGCGGCGUCGCACCUCGCUUCCUUCGUGGGGCAGUGCGUCGACGACCUCGUGCAGCUCGUGGGCGAGUACGUGCCGAAGAUGACGCACGACGCCGCCUCCCUCUCCUCGAUUCUGGUUCAGCUGGGCUACUGCUCGCUCGCAUUUGCUCGUGUCGGACUCGACUUUGCCUCCCUCGUGACUGAGCCCUUUAACGAAGCGGUCAGCGCGGCGUACGCCCAGGCGUUGGAGGAGGGUGCUUCGGCGCUUUCGACAACGCUGAAGGAUGCCGCCAAGAGUGUGGGCAGCCAGACUACCUUGGUCAUCGCGGGCGAAUACGUUCCGUCGCUGCUUGCUCAGGCCGACCCGGUAGACUGGAUCAAGUGGGGCGGGAGCUUCGAGCAGCUUCCGAGCGAGCUCUCUCGCCUCCCGCCUCUCGCGAUGCUCGUGAACGCGCACCUGUCCGCGCUGAACAGCCUCCGCCUUCUGGCUCCCUUGCAUCUCUACCCCGUACUUGCGGGUGUACAGUCCGCCUCUUUGCUGCAGUGCACGCACGCCCUGGCGCAGUAUGUACGGGGGGUGGUCGCGCUCGCCGACGCCGAGAAGGGCCAAAAGGCGCAGCUUCUGCGACGGACGGAGCGCGAGCUCUCGCCCGAGGAGCGCAAGCAGCGUCGUAAGGAGACGCAGUGGGUGUGCGUCGCGCUCGCGGACAGCUGGAUCCGAAUCGUGUGCCCCUUGCUCGCGAACGCUCUCGAGAAGGGCGUGUAUGAUGGCGCCAUGCCCGCUGAAUCUAGCCCGGAACUGAAGGAGGCACUCGACACGCUCCAGGCUUGGAUCGAUGACCAGAUCGACAACCACUUGGGCGGCACGCCGUCGCCGCGCAAGUCGAGGGAGGCGGAGCGACCACCGUCACCUGAGAAGCAGGCGGAGAAGGAAGCCCCGGCGCCGACAGCGGAGGUUAAGAAGGAGGAGGAGCCUGUGCCAACAGAAGGGGACAUUGCUGCUCUCGACUCUACCAAGCCUGCUUCGCCGGUCAAGGCGCCGUCACCUGUCCAGACACCAGAGCUUGUCAUGGAGACGAAAGACGAGCCCGCGGCCGGGGAGCCUACGGCCGACGCUGAGCCGACACCGACUGAGGUGGAGGCUAAGAUGGCAUCUGUAGAGGCGGGGGAGGACAAGGUCGACACUCCAGCCGUAAUUGCCCCAGCCCCCGCACCUACCGAGGAGCCCACUCUGAACCCCGAUGCUGCUGCUACGAAGGCAUCCGACGAGUCCGAGAGCAAGCUCGAGACGACAGAAGCGCCUGCAGAUGAGCCGAAACCCAGGGACGGCGCGCCCGCAGCAGAUGAGGAAUCCACCCCGGCAGCACAGGAUGCGAAGACUGACGCCGAUCCGAUCGGCGCGGCCAGUACUGCGACAGAGACUGCGGCAGUGGGCGGGACCAGUUCUUCCGGCGAUCGCGGCCCUGAGGCGUCCGACGCGCCCAAGGACGGCGCACCUAGCGCACCUGCAACAUCUGCGACAGAGAAGGACGAUGAAACAAGCGUUCCUGCCGCUCCUGCUGCUCCUGAGACUUCUGCGGCGGCGUCGGGAUCCGCCGAUCUUGCGAAUCCCUCGGAUCUUGGCCAGAAGGGUCAGGACGUGGAGUCUGCAGAGCGUGCAGAGCCAUCCGCAGACAUCACGGUGCAGAGGGACGGUACGCAGGGUGCCGAGGAGACGGCCGAGGGGAAGACGUCACAGAGUGACAUCGUGCCUCCACCCGACGCUUCUGACUCCGCUACACCUAUCGCUGCCGCCGUGAAUGAGACUCCCGCCGAGGAGGCCGCGGACGAGGCCGCAGACGACGACGACGCUAAGGACACCGACGAGCCUGCCCCCGAGUCCACAGAGACCGCUCCUCAGGCCGCCCAGGCUGCCCCUAGCACUAGCGGAGGAGGGAAGAAGAAGAAGAAGAACAAGAAGAAGAAGUAG